AUGCGUGACAUUAGAAAACAACUGGAACAACAUCGAUGUUCCUCAUCUGUUCGUCUUUAUCAUGAUCAGUUGACCUCGAAUGAAGAGUUACAAACGCUGAAAGAUUCGAUUGGACAACUCAUUUCGGUGAAUUCUUUUCUCUCGACUAGUAUCAGCCGUCAAUUAGCUCUUUCUUUUCUCGAAUUAUCGACGGUCUCAGAUGAUUUACAGAGAGUAUUAUUUGAAAUUGAUGCUAAUCCUCGACUGAGCGGUAUCAAACAAUUCGCGAACAUCACUUCGUUUAGUUAUUUUCCUGGUGAAGAUGAAGUAUUGAUGAUGUCAGGAUCUAUCUUUCGACUUGUCAACAUUCAGCGUGAUGACGGUCGAGUUUGGAUCAUCCAAAUGACUCUUUGUGGCGAUAAUGACCACGAUUUGAAGUCGAUCUUUGGUUAUUCGAAGGCACGACUCGAACCAGAAGGAACAAGCUUAUACUCUUUAGGUCAAGUUCUUCGUGAUAUGGGCAAAUUCGAUGCGACCGAAAAAUACAUUCCUCGUUUUCUCAAUCAAUUGCCUCGAAAUCACAGAGACGUUGCUCUCUGUUGUCAUGCGCUCGGUGUUAUUAUAGAGGAGAACGGCGAUUAUGAUUUGAGUCUACAGUGGCAUCAGAAAUCGUUGGAAAUGUGGGUGCGAACAUUGACGUCGAACGAUCCUACCCUGGGAGAUGCUCAUAAUUGUGUCGCUGUUGUCUAUCGAAAAAAAGGCGAUUACAAACGGGCACUUGACUCGAAUGAAAAAGCCUUGAUGAUUUUUCGACAAACAUUCGGUGAUGAUCAUCUCAAAAUCGCCAUGGGUUUUAAUAAUAUUGGUGUUGUCUAUUACGAAGACAAGAAAUAUUUUUUAAAAGCGCUAGAAUAUUAUCAAAAGGCCUUAGUUGUAUGGCAAAAGCAUCUUCCUGCUAAUCAUUCUCACUUGGAAGCAGCAUAUAACAACAUUGGCGAAGUUCAUAGGUAUCUCGAUCAGUAUGAUUUGGCGCUAAAGAAAGGCGAUAUGAAACAAGCACUCAUACUUUUAGACAAAGCAGCCGUUAUCUUUCGUCACGCAUUGCCUCCGACCAAUUCUGAUGUGAUUCGCAUUGGACAAAAUAUUGAAUGA